AUGGAAUCAAACGAAGAAUUCGUCAAGGUUUUAGGUAAAGGUGCUAAUAGUUUUGUUGAUCUCGUCAAAUACACAAGAAGCGACGGCUCUGCUUUCCACGCCGCCGUGAAAAGCUGCGACGAGAAAGACUCUCUCGUUAAAGAGAUUCAGAUUCUUUCCGAACUCAGGGGAUAUCCGAGAAUUGUACAAUUCUUUGGUAAUGAAUUGGAACACGGUUUCGACUGUGAAGGAAACAAAGUCUACAAGUUGCUUCUUGAGUACGCAACCGAAGGGAGUUUAAGAGCUUUCAUGGAAAAACACAAAGAUGGGAAGUUACCAGAGUUGAUGAUUAGAGACUUCACGCGUAUGAUUCUCCAAGGUUUGGUUUCGAUUCAUGGACAUGGUUAUGUUCAUUGUGAUCUCAAGCCAGAUAAUCUCCUUGUCUUCCCUUGUGGAGAUUCUUACGAGUUGAAGAUUUCUGAUUUUGGACUCUCUUUAGAAGUAGGACAAGUUCCUCAGCAUUGGAACAUCGAUUUCCCCUUUGUUGGAACGCCUUUUUACAUGUCGCCUGAGUCUCUACACGACGGUGUUGCCAAGAAAAGCAUAGAUUUGUGGUCAUUAGGGUGUUUAGUGUUGGAGAUGUAUACAGGUAAGAUACCAUGGCCAUAUGUUAGAUAUGCGGAUCUUGUUCCUGCACUCUUCAAUGGUAAUGCUCCAGAGAUUCCCGAGAGUUUGCCUUGCGAUGCGAGGGAGUUUAUUCGAAGGUGUUUCGCAAGGAGUCCUGAGGAUAGAGGUAGUGCCUCUGAGCUGUUGUCUCAUCAGUUUUUGCGUCGAGAAGAGAUGACUGAUUAUGUCUUCGUUGAAAAUCAAACUACCUUGGAAGUAGAACAAAAAUGGGAUUCGAAGAUUUUUCCAUCUAAGCCUAUGCAGUUUAAGAAGAUUCUGAAUAAGUUGUUGAGGUUGAAGAGUUUCUUCUGAAGCUGUGUGUGCUUAAUUCACUUAGUUAACUUUUUGUAAGUAGAUCAAGCUACGACAUUAUGAUGCAGAGAUAGAUCUCAUCUCUUAAUUUUGUAUGUGCAACUACAUUAACUCUGGUUUGGCAUUGUUCAUGUUAAAAAACUUAAUUAGUACUCAGAGAUCUUCAUUUC